AUGGAAAGUAAUAAAUCAUCAUCACAUGGAGAUGUAUCAACUUCUCCAUCAUUUUUAAAUAAUCAUCAUCAAUUUAAUAAUGGUGGUGAUAUAAUCCCAAAAAAGAAAAAAAAUAGGAUAAUGCAUGUUGGUUCUUAUGAAGUUGGCAAAACUUUAGGUAAUGGUACAUUUGGUAAAGUUAAAUUAGGUACAAAUAUUUGUACAAAAGAAAAUGUUGCAAUUAAAUUUAUAAAAAAUAAUAAAUUAUCAGGAAAACAAAAAGAAACAUGUUUUAGAGAAAUUGAUAUUAUGAAAUUAUUAGAUCAUCCAAAUAUAGUGAAAUUAUUAGAUGUUGUUGAUAAAAGAGAAGAAGAAGGUACAACUUAUUUAAUAGUUGAAUAUGUAUCAGGUGGUGAAUUAUUUGAUUAUAUAGUUGCACGUGAAUAUAUUAAAGAGAAAGAAGCAAGAAAAUUUUUUAGACAAAUGAUAUCGGCCAUAGAGUAUUGUCAUGCAAAUUUAAUAGUUCAUAGGGAUUUAAAACCCGAGAAUUUAUUAUUAGACUCAAAUGGUGAUAUUAAAAUCUCGGAUUUCGGAUUGAGUAAUAAUAUUCAACCUGGUAAGCUAUUGGAGUCAUUUUGUGGCUCACCAUUGUAUGCAGCACCAGAGAUAUUGAAAGCAGAGAAAUAUUUAGGACCACCCGUUGACAUUUGGAGCUUAGGCGUUAUCAUGUACGCCGUGCUCUGUGGCAACUUGCCAUGGGAGGGCGACUCGCAGGCAGAGAUCUCGUUCAAUUCAGUGCAUGGUAAUUACGAAGAUCCCACCCAUUUAUCGGCAGAGGCAGUUCACAUUCUACGAAGAAUGAUUGUACCAAAUCCAAAAGAUAGAGCAACGAUUCAAGAACUUAAAAAUCAUCCAUGGACCAAUAUUGAUUAUCAAGAGAUUCCAAAAUCUCAUUUACCACCAAGAGAUGCGGUUCAUGAGAUUAAGGAAGACAUUUUCGCUCAUUUAAUUUCACUUGGUUUUCCAAAUACAAAAGAAACUCGUGAUAUAAUAUUAAAGAAUGAAAAUUGUGGUAUUGUAAAUGUUUAUCAUUUACUAUUGGAUAGAUAUGCUUCUAAAGAAGUUGAAAAUUUAAAAUCAAAAUUAGAAUUACUCUCAAAAAGAAAGAAAUCUUUCUCUGAUAAAAGAAAUCCUUCAACAAAUUCUUUAGCUUCAAUUCCAGAAGAUUCAAAUGAUUUAUCUUCUAAUAAUAAUAAUAAUCAACAACAACAAAAUUCACCACCUUCUAAAACUAAUUCCUCUUCCACUUCUUCAUCAAAUAGAGAAUCAAAUAAUAAUUCUCCUUCUCAAGGUUCAAUAAAAGAAAUUAGUUUAGAUGAGUUGGAUAAUCAUAUAGAACAAUUGGAUAAUGAUAUUGAAAAUUCUGAUAAUAAUAAAUCAUCUUCACUUACAAGAAGAUCUUCUGAUCCAAAUAAAGAUAUUGAAAAUUCUUUAAAAGCUCAAGGUUUAUUUUCAAGUUAUUCUGCACCUGGUGUACCAAAUUCUGAUCAUAAUUAUGAUUUUGAAACUUAUCAACAACAACAACAAUAUCAACAACAACUACACCAACAACAACUACAACUACAACAACAAUAUCAAUCACAAAUACAAUCCGAUAUAUCAUUCCCACAUGAUGAUGUUGAAAUUGAAAGUUAUUCAAUUCAACAGCAACAACUACAACAACAACAACAACAACAACAAGAACAACACAAAGAAGAUAAUAAUAAACCAAAUACAAAUUUAAGAAGAAAUUCAAUUGCAGUUUCAACAUUUAUGGAAGAUGAACCAAAUGAAAUGCCAAUUAAUAAUUUGUAUAAAAUGAAUGAACAAAUUCAACAACAACCAAUUAUUGGUGGUAGUGGUAAUGUAAUGAGAUCACAAUUUAAUCAAACAUUACCAACAAUUGAUCAACAACCAGUUAUUGAAGCACCAAAAACGAGAAGAAUGAGUUUAGAUUCACGUAUGUUAAAUGGUGAUCAACAAUCAUUGGUUGAAAAGAAUCAACAUAUGGCAAGUCCAAGAACUUCGAAAGGUAUAUUUAAAUCUUCAACUACCACUACUAAAUCACCAGAGAAAACAAUUAUCGAAUUGAAAAGAUCUCUCGAAGAAAGUGGUUUAUUCACUAAAAAGAAAGGUCCUUACCUUUUCUUAUGUUUUGAUGAAGAUAACUCUGUUAAAUUUCAAAUCGAAAUCGUUAAAAUUUGUAACCUUGAUUUAACUGGUAUUCAAUUAAAAAGAUUAAGUGGCGAUACUUGGAAAUAUAAAGAUAUUUGUACUGAAUUAGUUGAAUCAAUGAAAUUAUAA